AAGUGUCUGGAAUUUCCAUCGAAACAGAUAACAAAAACGUUAAAGCAGAGGAGUUUAAGGAGGCUAUUCUUAGUUGCAAGCACAAAUUUUCAAAAGGGAUGAGCUUAAGAAUAGAAUGGAAGAAAAUCCAGUCUCAAGGAGUCUCAUUUGUCUACUACAAUGGUGAAUUUACAGGUGAUCUUCGAGGCCGAGCAGAGAUGCUGAAUACAGGAAUCCGUAUUAGAAAUGUGACUAGAAAGGAUUCUGGGACCUACCGCUGUGAAAUCAGUGCAAAGAGUGAAGAGGGGCAACGCCUGGGAGAGGCUACUAUUACUCUCACAGUAUUGGUUGCUCCGACUACUCCGGUAUGUGAGGUACCCAGCUCCGCAAUGACAGGAACAGUAGUGGAACUGAGCUGUAAGGAGGCUGAGGGAUCUCCUCCAUCUGAGUACCAGUGGUACAAGAAUGGUGUUGCCUUACUGGAAAAGACAGGAACAGGCAGUGCUAGAGGAGCAAACAUAACUUACACCAUGAAUAAAAAGUCUGGCACUCUGCUAUUUAACACAGUUACAAAGAAUGACACUGGAGAGUAUUUCUGUGAAGCCUCCAAUGGGAUUGGAUUAUCUCAGAAAUGCUCAGUGAAGCGAAUGCAAGUUGAUGACCUUAACGUAAGCGGUAUCAUCGCUGCUGUAGUAUUUGUGGCUCUGGUAAUGGCAUUGUGUGGCCUUGGAGUAUUUUAUGCCCAAAAAAAGGGCUACUUUACAAAGGAAAGCUCUUCCCAAAAGAAGGCCAACUAUCAAUCUACGAGUGAAAAGGAUUUCAAGCAUACCAAGUCCUUUGUUAUUUAGAAGAUUUCAGCCUCUGUGAGGGACAUCAAAUGACUACUUGUUAUACAAAAGUAUCAAAGGGAUCUUUUGACCUCUACUCUGUAAAUACUGUUUCCACAUACUACAUGCUGAAAAUAGAAACUGCCAAUGUUUAGAUCUAGUCAACCUGUCUGUGAUUGCUGUUUAAAAACACAAAACCCAAAAAACCUUAACUUAAAGAUAGAACUAAAUUGAAUAUACAAGUCAAUUUGUGUGAAGACUUCUCAUUUUGUUCACGUAUACACGCAGCGAUGCAGGAUUCACUCUUACAGCUUGGAACAAUCUAUUCAAAUAACUUUCAUGGAUGACCUUGCUACCACUACUUCUACUACUUAUGUCUCCACCAUUGUCAAGGGCUCAAACUCUCCUGCAAUUCUGACUUAUUAGUACCUUGACAUUGUAUUAGAUUUGGCAAAGCUAAGUGCGUAAGUAGUCGUGCAGACUUAAACUCACUAUCCUGACAGAAUAAGGCUUCCUGUAAUUGAGGCUUAAGCAGUGUUUUAUUGUCCAAUAUAAAAUGCUUACAGCUUCUCUUCCCCAAGGAAGUGUCUCUCUCUCUCUGUAGACUGCAUAUGUAAUUUCAUUCUGAAGAAAAAUCAUGCCAGUACAAGUCAAGCUGUAGUAUCUGGACCCUAACUGUUGAAGUGUCACAAAUAAAUAGUUCCUCAGAACCUGAAGUGUUUGUGUCAAUAGUUCAAUUACUGAAAUUUAAAUCUCACAACCUCAUUAACAGGUUUCAGUUGCUUCUAUAAGAGUAACACUUCAUCACUUGUGUGUUCACUGAUGCAGUGUAGUAUUAGCGUAUUUGUGCCUAUGCUUUUGGCUGUGCAGGUCCAUCACUACCGUAGGGCUUUGCUACAGAUUUAGGGUUCAUGGGGUUUUUUUUCUGCAGAAGCUUUUUGGAUGUCACAAACUCAGAAAAACAAGUAGUUCCUUCUUGGUGGAUCACUACCGAUGUUACAACUUCUCAGCACUAAAAUGUAGGCUGGCAAAGGAGUUUUGCAGUUAGCAUUGAGAAACACUACUCGCUCAGGUGCCUCAGUCACCUGAAGAGUUGAUGAUCAUAGCUAACUAUGCUCACCAUACAGUUAAGAACUUAUUCACGCUUCUGAAAUCAAACUGGAACACUGCAUUUAUUAAGUUACAACUGGUGCCACGUUCAGCAACUCCAUUGAUGUACACUGCUGUUUGGGGUA